AGAUGGAGUUGCUAAUAAGAGAAACUAUUUUUGAAAAGGAUGAAGAAAACUCCGAAAAAUCCAACAUGUCCCGAAAGGAUUUAACACUUUCAGGAUCUGUUACAUCACGCAUCAACCAAUGGAGUAACAAGAUGCAAGAAAGUUCAAGCACUGUUACAAGCACAAAGGAUUUCAAAACAGGUGAUGUAGCAACAAAAAGAAUGUUGUGGCAACAGAGAUCCCAGCCUUCAAAUGACACCAAGCUUUGAAAUCUACUCUGCCCCAUUACUUACAAGGAAUUUUGCCAAUAUGAUCAAAC